AUGCGUGCUGUGAUCGCUUUGGUUUCGCUGUACUCGCUGGUAACGGCUUCGAAGCUAUGUCUACAGGCACCCUGCAUCCCUCAGGCCAUUGAUGCGGAUUUCACGUUUAUUAUCGAUGCUUCUAGCGCUGAUUCAGGAAACGAUUUUUUUAAGCUAAAACAAUGGCUUCUUGAUUUUAUCUCGCAAUUGACAUUGACAGACGCAGAUACACAGGUAGCAAUCUAUACGUAUGCGGCUACAGCCAAGUCAUAUGGCAGCUUGUCGGCAAGCAAUAACAGAACGGUCCUCAUAAACUCGAUCAACUCUAUCGUACAAGAAUACACCAGCUCUAAAGACCUCUAUCAGGUACUCACGAAGGAGGAAUCAGAGGUCGUAGCAUCGACAGGUUUUCGCAGUGGAUAUAAGCAUAUCAUGGUCGUCAUAUCUGCUGAUGCAUGGACAGGAACAAACGUCAUUGGCAGCCCGUUACUGAAACAAGUCCAGAAGAAGUACGAUAUGGUACUAGCUGUAGGAUUCGGGGCAAAAUCAGUGCAGAAUCAAGCUACAGUUUUAAAUCAACUGACAGGAGAUCCGAGUCACGUGUUCUACGCAUUCUCAAGCGAUCAACUACAGUUUGUCAGCCAGUGGCUUUACAUUAACGGAUGUCCAAAUGUUGGCAUGCCUACGACGAUUGCCACACCCAGUCCUCCAGUACCAACACAGAAUCCCGCUAUCCCUUGUCAGCUUAGCGGGCUAAACUAUGAUGUCUACUUAGUCGUUGAUACUUCUGCUGCAAUGAGCGCAAGCGAUUUUUCGCAGCUCAAACAAGCACUUAUUGGUUUUACCAACCCUUUCCCAUUUGGUGACGGCAAAACACAGUUUGCACUGGUGUCGACAGCUAUAGACUCAGAGCUCUACGGGACCAACUUCCACAACGGGCAGGACAGGGAAACCCUUGUCAACACGCUUUCUACACUUUCUCAAGAUGCAUCACAAGGACAGACACUCAAACUAUGGGACACUGAUCCAAUCCAAUACAUGAAACAACUGUCACAAACCUACGGUGUCAAAGCGGUAGCCGUGCAGUGGACAUCAGGCGCAGACCUCAGCUCGUUGACUUCUUUUGCCGGAGGAUCUUCUUGCACCAACGCAGCAAAUAACCGUGCUAACAUGGUCACUUGGCUCCAAACCAAAAUGUGCAGGUUCGUGAGCGGAGCUCUGCAUAAUAAGCGGAAACUAACCAGGAUGUUUCAGUCAGUCGUUCUGUCUGUAAAAUGA